GUGAUUUAUAAGAAUCAGGCACAGAAAAGAGAAAAUGAAAGCAGCAGCAGUCUCUAACACCUGAUCCGCACUCCCCUUCCUUUACAACUCCGCCUUCAAAAAAAAUAUAGUAACCGAGAGCACCCGGCGUUUGUGCCAAAAGUCAUUGCACCCUUUGCUGGUAAGGGCGACGCUGUCUGGGGGAUCACUGGUGUGUCAGACUCCUGCUGUCACUCAUUUAUGUUUCCGUGGCGGAUGACAGAACACAUCCACGAUCGGCCUUCCUAUCAGAACUUUGUGGUCUUCGUGAUAGAUCCCGAUUCAAGUUAAAUUAAAGCUUCAUGGAGCCUCGGAGAGGACCCGGCUGCUGAUGACUGAGUGGAAAAGAGCCAAGGAUGGAGACUCUGCCCGUGAAAAGAAAAGGAACCGGUGCAGCGGGCAGCUGGGAAGAGGAUUCUCCGUUCUAGGAUGGUCAGAGACAGUCUGGACAGAACAUCUGAUCUGAGUCAAAAACAGGAGCAAGCAGCUGAGACGCAGAGGCAGAACCCAGAGGAGUCCCAUCGGCCCGAGCAAACAUCAGGAAGAUUUAAUGCUGAAAACGAGGAUCCUGCAGCAUCAAAACUAGACUUUCUGCACUGGUGCAAGCUCAAGUUUGAGGAAGAGCCUGAAUCCUGGAGCCUGCCCAAGACAGGAGCUGACGCUGACAGCUUGCCCACGCACCUCCGUCCGUUCACCAGCCCUGCGGAGUAUCAGCUGGUGAAACUCACCUACCUGCAGUUGCUCCAAAGCGGUUACUACUGGGGGCCAUUGACCAUGGAGGAAGCACACCAAAAACUCAGUCACACCCCUCUGGGAACGUUCCUCCUCAGGGACAGUGGACAGCCGGAUGUUUUCUUCACCCUGAGCUACCAAAGCGAGGACGGCCCCACCAGCGUCCGCGUACUGCUGAACAACCUGCUCUUCAAUCUGUACGGCAGCCAAAAGACUUUCACUUCGCUCUUCGCUCUGCUCGCCUUUUACACCAGCUCGACCUGCAAGCUGACGGAGCCCUAUCGCAGGCAGCGGCCCGAGCGCCUAAAGCAGAUCUGCAGGAGAGCUGUCGUACGAACGCAUGGAGUCGAAAGUAUACGCACCUUACGUGGACUCAGCCCUGAUGUUAAAGCAUACGUCUUUGCAUACCCGUACUGUACAUAGACAAACCUGUAGAAAUAGUGCCUUUUGCUGCCUUUAGAUGUCAUUUCUAAGUUAAAAAUGUUGUUUGUGUUUUUUGUUUUUUUAUAACGCUGUAGACAACUUGGUACCACUUGUAAUGAAUGACCUCUGAGACUGAAAGCAUUUCAUCCACAACUUACAUCAUCAUUGUAUUUUUACACAGUACACACUGCACUUAAUUGGAUUAUUUUUGAUAGUAAAAUGAAAAAUCAGACAAAGGAAACAAGACGGAGACAAAUGUUUCUGACGUUUUUCCACCUAUAAUGUGACACAUACCCUGUGGAAUACAAUCGAAAAAACAAAACUGAAAUCUUUUAGGAGUAAUAUGCACCUGCAGAACUGUGCUUAACUGUUCUUCGAAUUGGCUCUGAUUAACCCCUAAAUAAAGUUCACAAAGAAUUCAUCUUUCAACACAACAAUGACCCAAAGCAUGCAUCCAAAUCAGCAUAGUUUCACCAGAAGAAGAUCACAGAUUUGGAUUGGCCCAGCCAGAGUCCACAUCUGAAUCUGAUUUGUGAGAUGCCCUCACGAUCAGGAAACCAAAAAAAAAGCCUUUUUGGUUUGUAUGUUUGCAAAGAAGAGAGGGCAAAUAUUUCCUACUCUAUAUCUGCAAUGCUGAUGGACUCCAACCCAAAGAGACAGAGUGUAGUAGCAAAAUCAAGAGGUGCUUCCACAAAAUACCAGUAUAAGGGUAAACACAUUAUUUUUAGUGUUUGAUUUUGCCCCUUCAAGAUGUUAUUGUAGUUUUUAUGGCAGAACGUUACAGUUUAUAGGUCAGAUUAAAGGUGGAAAGGGUUCUGAAAUCAUUUAUCAUGGUCUCCUCUUUUUUUUUUACAUCAUAAAAAAACAGGUAUUUAACAAGUGAACGUAAAGGCUGUAGCGCCACUCUAUUUAAAAUCCUUGCACAAGCAAGUACAUCUUUCAUUAAAGAUGUUUUCAGGCAACCCGUUGCAUCAUUGGACCUUAUCUUACUAUGUUUAUGCGGAGAAGCUGAGAAAUGCCAUCGCCAAAAGUGCCUUUUGGGUUAAUAAUCCUUGGUCUGUGAACAAAACUAUAACUCAUCUGUAUGUUUAGCAUUUUGUUUCAGGGAAACAAGAAAAAACUAUUCAAAGUGUCCCACGGUAAAUAACUUAUGGCUUAACCACACGUUCCUGACAGCAGUUGCUGUGCGGCUAAUGUUACAAGAAUAAAUGCAUACCUUACGUUCUCAUCGCAUAUCUCAAGCAGCGUUUUUCAUUUGUGCUGCCAUUGAAAUCUGCUCCCCUUCUUUUUUUGUUGAUGUGAACGCCUUGUUUGAAAUAAGAUUUGCAUGAAGAUUUAGGAGUUUUAUUUUCCUGUUUAGGUCUGUUCAGCAUUCAGUGUUGAAUUUUGUACUAUUCGGUCUGUCUACUUACUUCGGAUUGGUUGUCUAUGAUAUUUUUGGCCGAAUCAAACCGCUAUUGUGCACUGAAUCCGAAGAUCGCGCCUGUGUUGUUCUGUUUGGAGUCAUUCGAUUUCGAUUUAGUCGAUUUAAAGUUCGACUCUCCACACUUGAAAGAAUGUUCCAUGUGCCUGUAUCUGUGUAAAUGCAUAUUUUGGUACAACAUGCAGCUAUCGCAAGAGCAUGAUCGUUGAAAAUGUUUGCAUUGUUUUGAUAAAUGAACCAUCCAUAUUUAUUUUACAUCAUGUUAAUUUUAAUCCUGUGUUAAUUUGUCCUUCUACCACUCAUACAGCCGGAUAAAUAAAACAUAUGGACACAG